AUGGCAGAGGCUGCAAGCCUCAUUGAAAAGUACAGAGUUGAUGGAGGCGUCGACCUUUCAAAGGCCGCGGAGAUCCAUCACAACAUUUUGAGCUUCAAGCCCGAAUGGGAGAGCUACGAGGCAACGAAGAGUGCAGCGCACGUCAUGAAACUCCUCGAAGCAGAUGCGCCUGCAAUCAAGAACAAGGCCAUGAUCCAAGGUCAUAUGCAAGUUCUGCAGGCAUGCAUGGGCGUGAUGUCCAUGCGAGACGACAAGCCCAUUCAGUGGCUUCUAACCCUGUUCUAUGACAUGCUAAGAGAAGACAGCAGCAGCUACGCAAUCUUCGAUGAAGCAGCCAAGCAGAAGAUCGAGGUUUACAAGCCUCUCCUAGCAUUGCUGCUGCGGCCGGGAUUGGACAACUACACGGCCGACAAGGUGGCAUGGCUACUUUCAGCAGUAAUGAGCCAUGCGCCGCACAUCGCGACCGAGGCAAACGUGAAAGAGUUCCUCAGUGCCAUCCUCGAUUCAUCGAAGACAAGCUGCUCUGAGCUGGGUCAGCUGGAGGCAAUCACGAACCUGCUGAAGGGAGAUCUCUACAGAAAGCUCGUAUGGUCCUUCGAAGGAGUCGGAUAA